CGGGAAAAAUGGGAAGAAAAGCUACUCCUUUCAGCGACAACUCACCCCUGGGGUUCUAGUGACGGCGGCGCAACCCAGUCUUCUGUCGAAAGCGGCGCAGGAGGGCGUGGCGUGUCUGAACGAAAUCAGCGACCGGCUGUUUGCGGAACAGGCGAAUGUGGAAAAAAAUUGUGAUGCAGUGGAUCAUGGGCUACAGGAAGGAAAAGACAACCCCGACGAGGAGGAAUCUUCACUACCCGCUGCAAAACGGAGGAAAGUCAACAUCUCAUCGGAACAGGACGGUGGAAACGGCAUUUCAUCUAGCGUAGAUCUUUCUUCCACCACGUCUCUCUCCGCGGCGCUUGCUUCGGAGCUGACCGAUUUGAAAGAAGACAAGCAGAAGAAGAAUAAAAAGGGGUGGCGGUUUGUAGAAAAUUUCUCACGCGGAAUUGCGUUUCUCCAGGCGAGCGAGUACCCACGGCCGAAGAUAAAAAGAAGUUCAUCCGAUGGUAAAAACCACGCAGAGGUGGAAAUCGAAAUAGAUGAGGAGAGAAAAACACACAUGUCGGAGAAGCAGAAGCAGUCCUUGCGGAAGCAGGAAAUCCGGUCAGAAACUUGGAACAUGCCAUCCAAGGUUGCAAAGGAAUUAUUUGGAAUUUGUGAUGCGGAUAGAGAUGAACCACCACGAACCGCGGAAGUAGAAGUAGACCACGCUGUCAUGAAAGAACCCAGCAAGAGCAGGACCAAUAAGACGAAAUACGUCAUCCGCCUCACCCCGCUGGACUACGUGUCCACUCCGCACACCAACAAUUUUGAAAUGCUCUUGCAGAAAAUCGUGCCGAAGGAGGUCGCGGCGUCAAGAGUGUUGAGGGAGGUAGGGUUUUCUGGUUCCGAAAUCCCCGCUACCAUGGCGGCCGCUUUCCCGAAUCCGACGAAAGGUGGUCAACAAUCCAACGAAAAGGAGAGCGAUGAAGGAGCUGCUGCACAACAUCCAGGUGCGAGUACUUCUAAAAGCACCACCAAAUCUCCUACCACCAAGACUCUUCUAGGGGACGCAAUCGCGGCGAAGCUUCUCGCUAUGGAAAGAACAACAAGAACUACGCAUGAGAAAGAACACCACCCAAAGCUCUCUUACACUUGGAACUUGGAUUUCCGGAAACACAACUUGAGCGGCAACACCGGGAACAAAUUUGUGACGAAAGAAACUUGUCGAGACUUGAUUGAGAAACAGCUGGAAAAAACGUUCGCGAAGUCCUCUUCGCAGGACAAAGAGGAGAAGAUGGAUAGCAGUAUUCCAGGAAGACAAAUUUCCUUCUCCGUGGACAUCACUUGCCCCGAUUUCUUGUUCGUGGUAGAAGUGACGCCAACGUUUUUGGGUAUGUCUGUGUUGCAGGACGUGGAACAGUGGCGAGAUUUCAAGCUGUUUGAAAACGACAAGGAAAACGAAAGCGAGGAGGAAAGAAGUUGUAGUGCUGCUUCGGAUGUCGAUGGUGAGGAUGGUGCUGGUUGUACUAGCGGUAGUGAAGGAGAAGACGGCGACCUUCAAACAGCAAGCGAGGAUGAGGAAAAAGCGGUGGACGCUUGAGAUGACUACAACGCAUACUGUAACCCUCCUUGGCGAAACUUUUCAACCAUACUGCACUGCGACAUCGCGACAGGAACUAAGAAAUAAAUCAUCACGCGGGCGGUAGUAGUAGAACCCCAGCGGUCUACUUCAACCGAAAUUGCGACAGCGAAGCACAGCUCGGCAAGUCAACUAUUCACAUUCAUCUGAAACGUCGAAAU